AUGAAGACAGAAAGAGAGGACCACCCUCACUCAGCCAAUCAGCGUCAACUAGUGACCUACAGGGUUCUCACAAUCUCCAAAUACUCACUGGAUCUGCAGGAGGGAGCAGAUCGAGCCGAGGAUGUGGAGGGUGCAUCCUGUCGGUCUGGGCCUGGCGUCAGUAAAGGGAUGUCAACGCUACAACAAGAAUCCAACAGAAUCCAACAGAAUCCAAGCCUUUGA